AUGGCGCUCGUCUUCCACACAAUCGAGUACGAGGAGAUUCCGUUGGCCGACCAGCACCUGCACCCGCUGUCCAUCCGGCCUUCGUCGGUCUACGAGCGCGACGAUCCCCGCUCCAUCAUCUACGUCAUCCAGGAUGAGCCCAAUAUGUCGGGCAGCAUCGACGACUAUGACGGCUUCGACCUCGCCGCUGCCGUAGCCGCCGCCGCUGCCGAGCGACGACAGCAGCAGCAGCAGCGCAUUCAGCAGGCAAGGCAGGCAGAAGCCAUGCGCAGGCUCGAGAGCGUCAUGGAGGACGAGGCCAUCCUCAACGCAAUCGGUCGCAGGAUCCUCGCCAUCAACGGCUACGACGUACCCGAGCCCUGGCAGCACUUCCAUCGCCGACCCCAAUAUCAGCACCUGCACCAGCACCAGCACCACCACCACCGCCAUUCCAGCCCUGCUUCCGUCCAGAGCGAGUGGGCAUACCUACCUCCCCAGUACCACCAGCAGCUACCGCGCGGAUACGGCUAUAGCAGCCGAGCAUACCCGCAUGUGUUCAGCGCCUCGUCGCUCCAGCUGCCAGGCCCGUCGAGCGGCCGCACCGCCUGGCAAGGCGACGAAGACGCGGACGAAUACGACCAGGGCCAGGACGAGGUCGACAUCGACUGGCUCGGCAGCGAGCUCCUGUCGCGCGAACGCGGCGCUCCAGUCUGGAUACUGGAUGCGCACCGCACCGCCGAGAGCCGGGACAAGGCGGCGACCCCGAGCUUCGAGGUUAUCGAAUACGACGAUGACGACGCGGACGACAUGGGCAGCGUCCCCGGACGCCACUUUGGCAUGCGCGACAUCCAAGAGCUGACGACUGAGCUGGCCGCGCAGCCGCCACGUCCCGGAGAGGCCGCCGCCGACGCAGCCGCCGCCGGUAUCUCGCCGCUGGCCACGUCGACGUCCGAGAGCGACGCAGCAGUGUCCCGGCGCUCCACCUCGGACGACACAGCCUCUGGCCAGCCGCAGCGGGCGCGUUCUCGGUCGAGAGCUGCCACCGUGAUGAGCGAGAGCGAGGAAGAGGAACUCGAGACGGUCGGCCGCGUCGAGACAGAGGAUGACGCAGCGGCCGCUGCUGCAGCAGCCCCGGUCGCUGCAGGAGGGUCCGGUGCUGCGGACAGGCCCAAGAAGGCAGUCAAGGUGGUGGACACCAGGACGGGCAACGCGUAG